AUGCCAGAACAAGAACAAAUUAAAUUUCUCAAAAGUCUUCAAGCUAUUCGUGAACGUUCAAGAAAGGUUUAUGAAAAAGCAGAGAAAAAUGAACUUAAACAUUUCAAUCUUGACCUUUCAAAGUUACAAGAUGCUGUUAUUGCUGUAAUUUCAUUAAUGAAACGCGAUUAUAAAGAUAUCGAUGAGAUUCCACCUCAUGGUCGUUGGCGUCACUUUGAUGUUGGUGGACGUUCACGUGUACAAAUUUUAAUGGAUCAAUGGAAACAGAAUAACAUUACAACACAAGAAAUUACGCGUCGAAUUUUGGACUUAUUUGUAGUUUCCGUAUUAUUAGAUGCAGGUGCUGGUAAUUCAUGGUCUUAUAAAGAACCAGAUACUGGUUCUAGUUUUAACAGAUCUGAAGGAUUGGCGAUUGCGUCUUAUGAUAUGUUCAAGGCUGGACUGUUUUCAAGUCAAAGCUCCCAACCUCAUCAAGUUGAUGCCGACAGAUUGGUCAAUAUUAGCGUUGAUGAUGUUCGUAAGGCAUUUCAGGUAGAUGAUGAUAAUCCUUUGGAAGGUCUUGAAGGACGUUCUAAACUGCUUAGUCGUCUUGGUCAAGCAUUAAAAAAUCACCCCGAAUUUUUUGAAGGCAAGGAUGGUUUGCCGCCAAGACCCGGAAAACUUUUAGAUUAUCUUUUAUCACAUCCGUCAACUACAACUUCCCAAUUAGUUGCUACAGUUAAAAUAGAAACAUUAUGGUCAAUUGUUGUUGAUGGUCUUGCGGAAAUUUGGCCUCCAACCAGAACUUCAUUGAAUGGGGUGUCUCUUGGAGAUGUUUGGCCUUGCGAAGUACUUAGGUCACCAGGUUCUAUAGCUGACUCAACUGAACAUCUGGUUCCAUUUCAUAAACUCUCACAAUGGCUUACUUAUUCCUUAAUUGAGCCAAUGAUAAAAAUUUCCAAUAUCACCUUUGAAGGUGUUGAGCAUUUAACAGGAUUGCCAGAAUAUCGAAAUGGAGGCCUCUUAACUGAUCUUGGUAUAUUAACACUUAAACCAGCUGACGCUGAACGUGGUCUCAAUUUUUAUAACGAUUAUGUUUUGAAACUAGGUCAGAAAACUGUGGAAGUUGUUCCUAUGUUUGAAGUUGAUGACCCUGUGGUUAUUGAAUGGCGUGCAAUGACUGUUAUUAUUCUUGAUAUAAUUGCUGAGAAGAUUAGGAAGGAACUUGGAUUAACUAAAGAACAAUUAAAUUUAGCACAAAUAUAUUGUCAAGGGGAAUUAUUGCAUACAAUUCAACUAGCCAAUUUAUUUGAAGAAUCAAAAGUAUUUGUUGACAAGCCCACGAUAAAACCAGUUGAUGAGGUGUUAAAGGAAUUCUCUGCGCUUCCAGCAAAUGCGACAAAAGAGCAACUCACUCAAUUCGUCAUCUCCAACUUUGGUUUAGAGGGGCGAGAAUUAAUUUACUCACCGAUACUCUCAUUCCCUUCAAAUCCCUCAUUUCUUGAUGACAUUUCAUCGCCGAUUCUCCUUGAAUUUGCUAGGAUGAUUCACACGUUUUGGAAUGAAUUAUCAAGAGAAUAUGAUGAGAAUUCAUUAACAUGUAAAGAAUGCGGAUCAAGUUUUAUCAGGAUUAAAAAAAGUUUUAUUAUACCGGGUGGUAGAUUUCGUGAAUUAUAUUAUUGGGAUAGUUAUUUCAUUAUCGAAGGAUUAUUGGUCAGUGAAUUAUUUGAGAUUGCUAAAAAUGUUAUUGAAAAUUUUUUGGAUUUAGUCGAACGGUAUGGAUUUGUUCCCAACGGGUCAAGAAUAUAUUACUUAAAUAGAUCACAACCACCAUUAUUGAUUCAAAUGGUAAAAAUAUAUCACAAAGCAACAAAUGAUACAUCAUUCCUCGAAAGAGCAUUUCCAGUGUUACUCAAGGAAUACGAUUAUUGGCGCUUAAAAUCCGUCGUAACAUUAACGCAUUCACAAUCAAAAAAACGGUAUAAUUUGAAUCAUUAUACGGUGAAAAAUUCACUUCCACGACCGGAAGUUUAUCUAGAGGAUCAUAUCGUAGUAGAACAAAAUUCCGAUAAUUUUAAUGAGACGCAAAAGAAACAAUUAUACGCGGACAUAUCAACUACUGCAGAAUCCGGAUGGGAUUUUUCUUCAAGGUGGGCUCGUGAUCCAUACAUACCUCCCCCGUCACCCACAGAGAACAAUCGUGAAAUGUUGAGAACUUUGAAUACUAGGAGCAUUAUACCGGUAGAUUUAAAUUCUAUCUUGUACAUGAAUGAGAUUACGUUAUCGGAAUUUGCAAAAGUAUUAGGGAACAAAUAUAUUGAACAAGUUAUGGAAAGUAGAGCCAAGCAACGAAGGGAAGCUAUAAUGUUGUUCAUGUGGGAUGAAGAAAAGAAACUAUUUAUGGAUUUUAAUCUUACAAGUGGAACCAGAUCUGAAAUAUUUACUUUGGCUUCUUACUUUCCAUUUUGGGCCGAGUCUUUUCCAGAAUCAUUUUCAACUAAUGAAUUACUUGGGUCAUUCUCACAUAUUAAAUCACUCUUGGAAAAAUAUCCUGGCUCACCUCCGACGACGCUUAUUCAAUCAGGAUUACAAUGGGAUUUUCCAAAUGCGUGGCCUCCGUUAGAUUAUACGAUUAUCAAAGGAUUAAUCAACUUGCAUACCAAGCAGAAUAAACCAACCUCAAAUAGUGAAUUUAUGGAAUUAGCAUUCGAUGUAUCACAAAGAUUUGUUUCAUCAGUAUAUUGUACAUGGAAAUCAAGUGGUGUUAUUUUUGAAAAAUUUAAUACCUUAGAUAUCAAUUUACCUGGAGGUUCUGGCGAAUAUACCGUACAAACCGGAUUUGGAUGGACCAAUGGUGUAUUAUUAUGGAUCUUUUCUUUAUUCGGUGAUAAAUUACAAGCCCCAAUUUGUACGCAUUAA